AUGAGUGCAAAUGGUCUGCUCCGGAAAGAUCAACUCGAACGCAGUCUUCAUGACGAAAAGAGGUUGAUCGAGGAGGGCGUCCUCAAGGAAGACAACCCCCUGGAUUUCAGCGAGAACUUCCAGAGACUAUGCGCCGCUUGCAGGCGUGGAGACCUGAAGGUGUGCCAGGAAAUGAUCCAAGAGGGGACCAACAUCAACGCCAAAGACCAAUAUGAUUAUACACCUCUUAUUCUGGCUAGUCUGUGCGGGCACUACGAAGUGGUCCAAUUGCUCCUAGAGUCCGGAGCACUAUGUGAACGAGAUACGUUCCAGGGCGAGAGAUGUCUUUAUAACGCCUUGAACGACCGGAUACGAAAUCUGUUAUUGUCAUACGAUUAUUCGAAAUCUACAGAUCCCUUGCAACCCCUCGCGUCUCACUUGGUGUUGUUGUUGACCAGAGCGCAACCCAAGACUUCAGACAUCACGGUCCUGACCGCCAAUGAAUCGUUCCGCCUACACAAAUUCAUCCUCUCCGCGCGCUCGCCCUACUUCAAGAGCAAACUGGCCGCAGCUCCAGACACGCCAUCCUGGAAACUGCCGCCUACUAUUCCUCCCCCGUCUUUCGGCAUCGCGCUCAAGCAUUUAUAUCUUGGUGAACUGCCGAGAGAACCGGGUGGUGGGCCAGGCACGGGUUUCACGGACUCGGAAAUCCUCGCCGGGGUGGAUCGCAUUAGCAAGCAUCUUGAGAUCCAGAGCUUGUCCCACCUGAUCCUGGACAGCAGCGACCGUCGCCUGGCGAGGCAGCGGCGGCAGGACGAGGUCGAAAAGGGUCGCGACCAGAUGGACCUUUGGUUCCGCGAGAAUGUCCUCAAACACGCCAUCGAGACCGACACUUCCAGAGCAGACGGCAUCAAGUGGGAUCGCGACAAUGGCAUCUUUGCAGACAUCCUUCUCCGCGCCGAUGCGGACGAAGAUGAGGCUGGAGGACAAGGGCAACACCACUCCUCGGAGGAUUCUUUAAUGCCGUCUGCCACGAAUGCCCUGGGCAUCCCACUUGACCUUGACCAGGGCCUGCCGUCAUCCGCAAGUCCAGAGACCCAGACCCAGACCCAGACCCAGAAGUCUCGCUCGCAGACGGGCAAACCGCGUCGAACCAAGAUCUACCCAUGCCACAAAGCGAUGCUGAUCCGCUCCGAGUUCUUCAUGACCAUGUUCGAUUCUCCGUUCCGCGAAGCCCAAGAGACGACACAUCUCCAGAUCGUGCCGAUCGACUGCUCGCCCGAGGUUCUCGAGAUCAUCCUGACGUUUCUGUACACGGAAAAGACGGACUUUGGGCUCGACGUGGCGGUCGACGUCCUGUUUGCCGCGGACAUGCUGUUCCUGGAGAAGCUGAAGGCCAAGGCCGCCGUCGUCAUCUCCACGCUGGGCAACGGCACCGCAACGGCCAUGCCGUCCGAGGCCGAGCCCGCCCGCGAGGACGUCGACAUGGACAUCUACGAGAUUCUGCGCGCCGCCUGGCUGACCCGCGUCCAGCGUCUCGAAGAGUUUGCUGCCCGCUACAUCGCCUACCGCCUUGAAGCGUAUAUCGACGAUCCCGAAUUCGCCGACCUGGUCAAGGAGUCGGCCGGCCGUAUCAGCGCGCGCCAGGAGACCGACUCGAUCGAGCUGCUCGACGAUAUCCGCUAUUAUCUGUCCGAGCGCUUCAGGCUGCGUUUCGAGGACUCCGGUCUGGAGGACGUCAUGGACGAGGAGCUGGCUCUGGCACAGGAACAGGAACACGCGCUUUCUGCUGGCCAGGGACAAGAAGAAGAAGAAGAAGAAGAACAGACGGAAACAAUCGCGGCCAUCGCGGACAAGACAUCGGCGUCACCCACCGACUGGAAGUCUGACGACCGCCACACUGGACAGCAGACGCUUGACGUUCAGAUCGUGGAAGAUGAGGGCGUCGACAUGACCACACCCGAAACCGCCGCCACCGCAACUGAGGCGCUUCUCCAAUCCGGCGCGGUGCGGACAUUGGAUGGCGAGCUCGCAGGCGACGAGUUUGCCGCUGACGCCGUGAACUACCAGAUUCUACUUGGCAAGAUCGACAGGCUUCUGGAAAGAUUGAAGCUUGACGCCUGA